ACUUUUAUUUGUAAAUAAUUGUAACAACUUGAAGAAGUGCUUUUUAAUUUUGAAGAAUACUCGAGCAUUUUGAUGCUAAUAAAAUGCCACACUUAAAGAAACAGUUAAAAAUCACAAAGCUUUUUCGAAAAGGCGCUACUAAUAAACAUCCAGAAGGCUGUGAUGAGUUGCAAGAAGAAGUACAGAAAUUAGAGCAAAAGCUGCAGGAGAAGCAGAAUGAACUCUUCCAAAUUCAAAGGAACAACUGUAGAAAAAAAGCAUCUUUUCCAAAAAGCAAAGAGACACCUUUUGUUAAACCACAGAAAAUAGUUCUAACAUCUUCAGUAGAGACAUUAAAGAGAAAUCUGGAGCUAAUGUCCAUGCUGACAGGAGUGGAGGUGCAAUCAUAUGUGGCAGACGACCACUGCUGUGUGGUGUUCCACAUGCAACACGAAGCAAGCUCCAUUGUCAAACAUGGACUGAGAAUUGAUAUGCAUUCUGAUGGUAAUGAAAUAUCAAAAUCAACAAUGCCACUCGGUUUCAAUUUGAAGGCAGUUGUAGAAGAGUUUGAUAAGAUCACAAGGCCAAGGUGUCUGGGCGCUAUAAGGAGGGCUCUUGUGGCGUACUAUGAUAGACUGCAGCAAUAUGAAGCUUUGAAGGAACUAGUGAGAACAGAAGCAGACCUGUUUAAAUUGCUUGACGGCUCCCAUAUAGAGAUAUCAUUCUCUGCACAAAGCCAUGAGGAGGAAGAAGAUGAACAUAUCCAAGUCACUCUGAUGUUGGACUACAGAGUUUAUGACAUUAGGCCCAAGACAUACUGCUUCAAGGAAAAUGAACUUCCAGAGGGGGUAUCCGAGGUAUUGAGACAACAAUGUUCAGUAUUCAAGAUGAAACCACUACGCAAGGCUUUUAAAGAGGCCUUUAUGAAUGAUGUUGGUCCAUACAGACUUGUUCGCCAAUUUGGUUUGCGACGCGAGGAGCAGCAGCAAAAGCGUCCGAAGCGGUUCCGACCCAACAAGAAUAACUACAACAAUGAUGACACCUUCCUCCCAGAGGACUGCACGGAUCAAAGCUAUGCUGAACAUUAUAGUGAAUGAUAAUUACCAUCAUUAUAAACCCAUUACUCGUUAAAGUAAAUGGCUGAGGUCCACUACUCUGGUCAAGUGUGGAUUGGUGCGAAAACA